AUCGUGGACCGGCCGCUGCAGGUGUUCCAUGUGGAGGUGGAAAUAAAGGAUAUUAACGACAAUCCGCCUGUAUUCCCAGCGACACACAAAAAUCUCUUUAUUUCCGAAACUAGGCCUCUUGACUCUCAUUUUUCACUAGAGGGCGCCUCCGAUGCAGAUAUCGGGGCCAACGCUCUGCUGACUUACAGACUGAGCCCCAAUGAGUAUUUCUCUCUGGAAGUACCGACCAACGACGAGCAGGUAACACCGCUCGAACUAGUACUAAAAAAACCUUUAGACAGGGAAGUCACUUCAGAGCUUCUCUUGGUGCUCAAAGCAACGGAUGGGGGCAAACCUGAGCUGACAGGCACUGUAGAGUUAAACAUCACAGUGCUGGAUGUAAAUGACAACGCCCCAGUGUUUGACAAAGCAGUUUAUCGUACAAAAUUACUGGAAAAUGCAAGAAACGGUACACUGGUUAUUAGACUUAACGCCUCGGAUUUGGACGAGGGUUCAAACGGCCACAUUCUUUAUUCCUUUGCAACUGAUGUCUCCUCUAAUACAGAAGCCUCUUUUCGCAUAGAUGCAAACAGUGGAGAAAUAAAAGUGAAUGGAAAAAUAGAUUUUGAAGAAAUUAAAUUAUGGAAACUUCAAAUAGAAGCAGUUGACAAAGGAAAUCCCCCAAUGUUUGGUCACUGCACAAUCUUGAUAGAAGUCUUGGACAUCAACGAUAAUGCCCCAGAGUUGCUAGUGACGUCACUGUUGCUUUCUAUUCCAGAGGAUGCUCCACCGGGGACUGUCAUCGCUCUAAUCAGUGUAACCGACCAUGACGCCGGUGGCAAUGCGCGGGUGACCUGCUCACUAACACCCCAAGUCCCCUUCAAACUGGUGUCCACCUUCAAGAAUUACUAUUCGCUAGUGCUGGACAGCGCCCUGGACCGAGAGAAAGUGUCGGAAUAUGCUCUAGUACUGAUCGCGAGGGACGGGGGCUCGCCUUCUCUGUCGACCAUGGCCAGCGUGUCCGUGGAGGUGGCCGACGUGAACGACAAC